UGUCUAUGACUAUGAUGACUACCUAAAACCGAUUAUAACUACAAACAUCAAUACAAUAAUAUAGCAACACUGGCCCAUAUCCUACUACCCCUACCCCUACUUACACCUACUUGUAUAAAAUGGCGUCAGCCGAGUUUUUAGAGCAAGCUUUGUCUACAGAUGUCGACGAGAACGCAGUCAGUGCUAUCGUUGGAUCUCUUGAAAACCAGUUAGUUACCUCAGUCUCUUCCGUAUCGUCACAAAACAAUAUAGUGAAUGUAAUUCCGAGUCAUCUUGGCAAUAUAACGUCUAGUGGAAAUUCUAUUAUUGGUGUACAAAAAUACAACACGGACCAAAUUAGCAGUGUAAUAGAGAGUGCAAACUUUCAGUCUUCAAACAGUGGAGCGACCAAUGUAUCGUAUAAUGUGCCAGGGUCUGUGCAAUCUGCAAUUUCGCAAAGUUUAAGUGGAAAUCUUGGCAAUUCUAACGAACAACUUAAAGUUAUAUACUCGCAGACUCAAAAUUUAUCUAACCCAAACUGUGUGACAUUUCCCACUCAGUCUAUAGGCAACGGCUGUAUUGGUUUAACAUCACAGAACCAAAUAGUAGUACCACAAUCGACAAACAAAUUAAUUACCAUGCAACCGCCUUUAGUGAUAAAACAAGGCACGACAUCUGGCCAAGUUGGUAUGCAGCCUGGGAUGGUAACAGUGCCUAUGACAGUGAACUCUAGUAUGCCAACCUCUAUACCCAAUGUUAUGACUCUCAAUAAGCCAGGAGGACAGAAUGUGGUGGUGACCACACAGAAUCUGGGCUCAGCACAACCUACUAUAAUUCCUAAUGUCCAAAUAUUGAAUAUGCGCCCUGGUGCUCCACCAGUGGGUGCACAGAAAUCUGUGGCUACAGUUUCCCCUAGAGUGGUCAUUGGAACACCUCAAGUGGUUGGAGCCCGACCUGCUACACCAGGAAUAACGCUGCAAACUCUUCAGACUCUACAACCAGGGCAGCCGGGUCAUUUGUUGUUAAAGACUGAGAAUGGUCAAUACCAACUCCUGAGGGUGGGCCCCGCGCCUGCGGCCAACACGCUCACGGCGCCACAGGCUCAGACCAUCCGGCUGUCGACCGUGCCGGCACACCCGGGCGUGGCCACGGUGUCGACGAGCGUGGCGGCUCCGGGGCAGAUGCAGCAGCAGAUGCCGCCGGGGCCCAUCGCCGCGCCCGUGAUCGCUGCCUCCGGAUCUGGCACUCCUCCGCCGCAAGCGCCGACGGUUACUACCCAAAAACCAUCGGACAAUACGAAAGAGAAAUGCAGAAACUUUUUGGCCAACCUGUUGGACUUAUCUAGCAAGGAACCGAAGUCGGUAGAGAGGAAUGUACGGAAUCUCAUACAAGAGCUGAUCGACGCUCAGGUAGAGCCCGAGGAGUUUUGUGACAGACUUGAACGUUUGCUGAACGCCAGUCCGCAGCCCUGUCUCAUCGGCUUCUUGAAGAAAAGUUUGCCUCUACUCCGACAAUCUCUUGUCACCAAAGAGCUAGUCAUCGAAGGUAUCAAUCCACCUUCUCCGCAUAUUGCUUUUUCUACAGUACCUAUACCUUCGCAGCCUAUCUUGUCAACUCCGAAUGUGCAAAUGCUACAUGACGAGGGGAGCUCGAGUCCAACUCUGACACCCCUACUGCCGCCGGUGCUACCGGUAACUCUAGCACCUCCUCUCGUCUCUUCGCAAAAAGGUCUAAUGUCGAUGCAGCCGCCGACGUGCGCACAGCCGCAGCAACAGCAGCAGAAGCCAUCGAACAAAUCUGGGAGUACAAUCGCUGUUCUUCAGAACAUCCCGGUACAUACCAAGAUAAACGUAAACAAAGUGAGCACCGGUAAAUCUAUGACAGUAAACAGCAAGGCUAACUACACGCGGCCGUCGGUUCCCUCUGCGGCGCUCUCCACUGUCUUAACUCCGGGGAAAUCUUUAUUGAAAGAAAAGGAGAAGAAGACUGCGAUGCAGUACUCGUCGCAGCCGUACGUAGACGACAAGAUGGCAGGCGACGACGACAUCAACGACGUUGCCGCUAUGGGCGGCGUUAACUUGGCCGAAGAAACGCAACGAAUUCUUGGCUCGACUGAGCUGAUAGGCACUCAAAUCAGAUCAUGUAAGGACGAGUACCUCGUGCCGAUGGGCAUAAUGCAGAGUCGGUUAAGGGCCUCGACGGCCAGGCAUGAGCUGGAAGAGCCAUCGCCAGAGGUAGCGGGCCUGGUGAGCCACGCCGUUCACGAGCGACUCAAGAACCUCAUCGAGAAACUCGCCGUCAUCGCGCAACACAGGAUCGAUCUCAUCAUCAAGACUGACACCAGAUACGAAGUAACACAGGAUGUGAAAGGACAGCUGAAGUUCCUCGAAGAACUAGAUCGUGUUGACAAGAAACGACGUGAGGAUUCUGAGCGGGAAAUGCUCCUACGAGCAGCCAAAUCCAGGUCCAAGAAUGAAGACCCUGAACAAGCUAAGCUGAAAGCAAAAGCCAAAGAAAUGCAACGAGCUGAACUGGAAGAGCUCAGACAACGCGAAGCGAAUCUCACGGCGUUACAAGCCAUUGGACCUCGCAAGAAACCGCGACUGGAUGGCCCUGGAGUCGCAGGCGACUCCGUAGCUAAUGGUAGCGGGCACAGUGGAAGCGGAUUUAGCGGUCGCAGUCAGCUGGCUCUGCGCACGCGCUUGAAGCGCAUCAAUCACCGCGACAUGGUAUUCCUUCUGGAGCAGGAACGUGAGACAGCGCACUCGCCCAUGUUAUUCCGCAGUUACCUCAAGUGACCUUACGUCAACGAUUGGACCCUCAGUGGCAGACGUGACACGUCUACGUUAAAAUUAGACAAUUACUUCGUUGCACUAUAAUGAUUAAAGUUGGAACACUAGAAUGGAAUGACCUAACAAGGUCCCCAUGUACCCGAAGUUACUUUAGGUAACCUCUAGAUAUUAAUUAAUCUUGUUAAAUCGAAGUGUUUUGUAAUAUAUGUAAAAGAUUUGAAUGAGUGACAAUAUUGACAGAUUAAAUAAUAAUUGUAACAUAGUUAACACCGAAAUGCCAGAAUGUAAUAAAUUGACAGGUUAUUAUAAAUUCUCCAUGAUGAUAUUUUUGGCCAGUGGACGGACUUGCCAAAAGCAGCAUAAUGUUACCUGUAUUUUGUAUUGUACAUAGUAAUCAAGACUAAAACGGUAUCAAAAUUUAUUCAAAUGCCCACAGCAAUUACUACAUACACACUGUAGCUUAUAUUUUUAUAAUACCUGUCAGUGGAAUCUGAAAGCAUGAAUGGUAUUUUGGGAAUAUACAGCAAGGUGACCAAGCGCAGUGACACAUUAUAGGGUCUCAAUCGAAGUGCGGUAUGAAUGAGAGACUUUCCAGGCUACGUUCCCCAAAAACAAUGUAGAUGGCGCUGUCGAUAUUUAACGCGAUAAUUACCUAUUUUCUCAUUACUCGGGUACAUAAUUAGUAAAAAAUACAAUGUAAUGGCAGAAGCAUAUAUACAAAAAUAAUUGUUGCUUUAUAUUAUGUAUAGAAUCAUGUUGCUACCUAUAUUGCUUUUCUUUAUUUUGAUCAGAAUAAUAAUGAGUGGAAGAUGUAAUUGUGCCUGGGUGAAAUUAAAAGGGUCAUCAUUUAUACCCAAAAACAAAGACAAAAGAAACAAGACAAAAUCUGUACAGCGCCAUCUAUACCGUUUUUGAGGAACGUGGCCUGGAAAGUGCUUCAUUGGGUUGUGAAGGGCAGCGCGUAACUAUGUCAACAAAGGGACGCUACCUACGUGUACGGCCGCCAUUUUUAUUUAAGUUAUACGCUGCGAUUUAUAAGAAGUUGGCAUGAAUGAGUAAUCAAUACUCAACAUAAAUCUUAUUUACAAUAAACCCUGGAGUUUACACGCAUCUGUAUCUCCGGCCAAUAUUAAAUUUAUCGCACGCGUUGCGAAUUGCGAUGCUUAAUCGCACUAACCAAGAUAAUUUUAAAUUCCAGAGAGUUACGUUAUUUACAGCGUACCAGACUAUAUACAUCAAGACAAAUCCAACAUGAUAUCAUACUCGUUUUCAAAAAAGUAUGCAAAGUAAAUCGUCUUUGAUUAUUACAUUUGAUAGAGGUUUACGUAUGAGUUACGUAUAUAUUUAUAUAUUUUUUUAAUUAUGGCGCUGAUUUAAAAGGAACAAAGGUUUCAAGCAGUAGUCCUGCCUAUUCGCCAGGUUUCUUUGGGACCGCCAGGUUGUUUUUCUUCUUGCGCGAGUCCGCUUGGCACUUGUCCGGUUAUUAUUUUGCAUGAUAUAUUUUGACUCAAACAUCGAAAGCUGCUGACUUCCAAUAGUUCUAAUCCAAUGUCCAAUCUAAACUUAACUUGUGAAUCUUGUGAAACUUGUGAAUAUGAACAAAAUAUUGUUGGCAACAAAAAUAAAUAAUUUAUUUUAUUGUAUUUCCUCAUUGAGUAGUGAAUUAAAUAUUAUGAACUUGUAAUUAUAUUUACUUAUGAAAUAAGUAAUAGAUAUUAAUCGUUAUUGUCAUGACGCUAAUUUCAUAUAAAUAUUGAAUGGAUUAUUAAAAACUUUUUAUACACCAAAGCCAAUGUAGCAAAUUAUGAUGGAAAAGAUUUCUAUAUUCAAAACUUGCUGUACAUUCCAAUAAAUAUUUUGUUGCAAUCUGCAAUAUAAGGGUAAAUCAUUUAGGAAAUUAAUUAGGUACUUAUUUUUAAUUGUAAAUUAAGUAGCAAGCUAAUAGAUAUUCAUAUUAUAUAGAAUCUACCUACACUGGUAGUUUCUAUAGAUGAACACUUAUAUUAUUUGUGUAUAAAUUGUUUUCCUGUUUCAUACAGGGUAGUUUGUAAGAUAUCAUGCAAUGUUUUUAAAGCUCCAUAUUGUGAAAUACAUGUUUUGUAUAUGAGAAACGAAAAUAAAGUUAUGUACUAUAAAUACCUA